GGCCUGAAGGCAUUCCUGUGCCAUGAUGGUAAUCCUUGGAUGUGUUGGUGGCCACCAGCUGUUAGCAGAGACGUCCUGUGGAAGAAGACUUCCACAACUCUUUAAGACUAGCGCUGAUGGAGAGCUCUCCUGAUUCAGCUGAGAGGUAUAGAGUCAUGCAGUCAGUAGAAAGCACCUCCUCUCAGACGUCACCUGAUUGUCUAACCUUUGGUGAGGACGACUCUGAGGUCUUCCUGUCAGUGGACGAGACGUCCGAAGUCCCUGGAGGUCAUAGUAGAUCAGCCGUGUCCCCCUCAUCCUCAGGACUGGGAUGGAGCAGCACAGAGAGUGAGUCAGAGAAGGAGAACAAGACCGUCGGGAGCACACGAGGAGACCUGCUGUUUGCCCAGAAAUGUCUGGAGCUGCAGGGUUUCAUCCAACCACUUUUGGAACUUUUGAACGGACUCAAGAAAGGACGAUUUGACAAAGGCCUAAGCAGUUUCCAGCAGAGUGUGGCCAUGGACCGGAUCCAGAGGAUCGUAGGAGUGCUGCAGAAGCCAUACAUCGGAGAGAAGUAUUUGCCCACGCUGCUGCAGGUGGAGAUGAUGCUAAAGCUUUGGUUCCCUCAAGUGAACCUUAAGCCUCCAGGAACAUGUAAACCUACAGAGCUUUCUGGACAAGGCACAUCCAGCAGCAGCCUCAGCACACCUCCACACAAGCAGAGAGACCAACUACACAUCCCAGUGAAGAAGCGAAGACUGAGCUGGUCAGACACAGACUCUUCCCCUACUCUGACUCCUGUUGCAUGUAAGUGCUUCCACAUAAAAGGUCAGGCGAAAGAAGAACAAAGCCAGGGUUUGUCUCUUAGCUGCACACCAGCAUCCCACACAGACCAAUCCAACAGGAGUGGUGAGGAAAAACCCGGACCCAAGGGCCUCUGUUGGACCGAACCGGGCAUGACGUGGGUCCACAUCGCCCCGAUCCUUUCUCCACCCAAGUCAUGUCCCUCCCUCAACUUGAGAGAAGGUCCAGCCAAAGACAUCAGAAAUGGUCAUCUUCUUCUUGCACCACCACCUCCUCCUCCGUCCAGCAGGGGCAGUCCGGCAAUGCAGGACAACUCCAUCUCCUCGACAACACCCUGCUCUGAGCCAGUGACGCACCAAACCCAACCCGAGGCAGUGUCUCAGACAGAGGGGCGGAGCCAGUCUCCUCCAAUCACAGAGCAGCUUUCAAGCCUGUUACAAAGUUAAUGAGUCCGAACCAAACACAGACAACAGAGAGACUUGUUUUGAAAAAAGUGAGGUAUUUCCUUUUUUUUUUAAAUGGUGAUUCUUUUUUUAUUAAUAUUUUUAUGAGUAUUUAGGCAGCUUAGCCUUUUUGUGCUUUGAAAACGAUGAGCAAACAGCAGUGGAGGUUGAUAAAAAUCAGCAGAAAUAUGACUUGCUGAUCCAGCAGCUGAAUGUGUGUGUGUGUACUUUUAGAAACUUGGCUGUAGGCAUGUGUCUAUAUCAAGUUACAUAGCAAUUAGCCAGCAUUUCAUCAUGGAUGGAUGAAAUCCUCACAGUAACAAAAUUACACCAUUAUUUACACAAACUUUCAGUAGCAGUGUUUAUUAGGACAUCCGGAGGGAGUUGGGCAGAACCACGCCCACAACACACAGGACCGCUGCAUUCUGAUUCAGAAGGGAACUUGUAGGAGGGGAUGAGUACAGAGGCAGGAAUUUUCCAACAACGAUGAUGAGUAGCAGUGAUUUAAAGUGUGUAGGCCCAUUCAGGCUCAAAUAACUAAUUACUGAAGUAGCAUAUGCCUUCCAUCAUCACCAGCCUUGCUGAAUAACCCUUUCACACCCGCAGCCUUAUGUCAUAGUUACUCAGGGUCCAAUACAUACAUACAUAUAUAAGAGAAAAGCCUGGAAAGUCAAAAAGUUGCUGAUCCCUUUGUAGGUUGAUAUGCUAACAAAAAUUGUAAAUUAUUGAAAAUCCAGUUAAUUCAGGAAAAAAAGUUUGUGUCCCAUGAGCUCUCCUGUUCAUUUGCAUACAAGGAGAUGCACUAAUGUGAACCUCGACUGAUGGAUGUGGCAUGACUUUACUGAAUGUUUAUUUUUUAUAUAACAGGAAUUGGAUUAUUAGAGUUAAACUAUUCUUUGAUUCCAAUUCUAGACAAAUGUAUGUCUUUUAAGUUAAUGCCUCGAAAGAAAGCAAAUUUUAAAUUAAUAAAUUAAGGCAAAUAAGAUUAGCCUUCAAUUAAGACACAUGAAACGGCACCCAAUAAAAGGAGGAAGAGUUAGUGUGUUAACCCGAAUAAUCUACACUCGCAUUCAGACCAGGCACAUUUUACUUCAGGACACAUUAUUUCAGUCUUUUUCACUGCAGUGGCAAUAAAAAUGAAUUGAUUUUCCUUCCCUGCUACAUAUACUAGCACUGCGACUCAAACUGCAUACUCUUCUAGAGCAUUACUGAAUCCUAACACUGUUAAUGUGAGCAUUUUUCAAACCUCCCCUGUUGCCUUCAAACCCACCGGUUUGCCUACUGAAAUUUCUGAUUGCAGCAGAAUGUUUUAAAAGGGACACCGGGCUGGUCAGUGUGUUUAACAUUUAACACUGUACAUAAAAACGCUGGUCAUUUUACAGCCUGGUUUGGAAAUCCUUUCGAGAGGUACGUUGUGGCUCCGGAAAUAUCUAGCGAAUGUUACUUUUAAAUCUUUUGGAUAGUCACAAAGAGUGAAUAAGGAUAAAGCUAUAAAUAAUUAUAAAAUGUCUGUAAGGAGUUAGAAUUGAUCCCCAAUUAAGGUGUUUUGGAAUCAGUAGUCAGGUUUAAGUUUUAAAUAUCUAAGCAAAUUUUUCACCAUGGUUACUUCAUAAUCUUUUUAAUCAUAUUGAAAAUCAUUGAUCAUAAAGAAAAAUAGGAUUUAGAAUUUUUAUCUUAAUGCCAGUUUAAAAUGCUCAUAAAAUUAGGUGAAAAAUCUUACAGUUAAUGAAAUUUCUCACAGACCAUGAUAUUAUCUAAAGUGGACAUGGUGAUGGAAGUAAGGGAUUUAAUUUCUCAUUUCUGUUUUUUUUUUUUUUUAAAUUUUGGAAGGAAAUCUUCGACUAUUACUAUUUAUUAUACUAGAGAUAUUAUUGUACUUAAAAAGGCAUCACCUAAUACAGGAAUCGCUAGGAAGGAAAGUUUAGGCUAAAAUAAAUCAGUGCAAUAUUAAAACAGUAAAGAGUUGUACAGUUUAGCGGUCAAAGGUCAAGUCAUCCGAGCAAAUGCUGUGUAAGCCGGAAUAUUCUUAUAAAUGUUUACAUUAAAAAGGUCGAGAUGGAAGAUGAAGCAAAUGUUCAAAUGCAAAAGGGAUUAUUGAGGAAUGGGAAGGUUUUAGAGGUCUAGUAAAGGAAGGAAGAGUUGUCACGAUAAAAAUAAGGUUAUAAUGCCCAUCAGACUAACAAAGAAAACGCAUCCUUAACUCAGAAUUCUGACUCAGGAUGUUGUGGUCGCCUUCUCAAAUACAGGAGUUCAGCGUGCAAACAACAUUAGCAAGAAAUACAUUAGCACUUCUGACCUCUGAUUGCUGUAUUACACCAAUACAUUCCGAGAUCUUCUCUUGUUAAAUCUGUAACAGUGACGAUCAA